UUCACGUAAAACUUCCCAAUAUGGCCGACUUCAGAAUGGAAGGCUUGAAAACCAAAAAUACCUAGAUUCAAAUCCAUAGCUCAAAUCGAUUCUUCCAACCUUCCUUGCAUUUCUUCUGUGGUAGAUUAUUCUGAUCGACGAUCGACGCUGCGGCCCGUGUUUGUGAUUUUGAAUAUUUGUGUUUUGAGUUUUCUAUUUGAUUUUGUUCUGUGUUCUUUAAUUUAGCUUGUAGUUCUUGUUAUAUAGUUAUCGUUUUGUGUUUGUGUUGUUUGUAUUUUUAUAGUAUUCGGUAGUUUAAUAAUAUGGCCAGUACAAGCUUUUUUUUUAAAGAAACAUUUAGCAAUAAUCCGUUGCCAAAUAUUUCGGAUAGUGAUAAUGAAAAUCAAAUGGAUCAGGAAGCUAUGUCUCAUCCACAAAUUUGUGGGAAUAAACUAGCCCAGAUAUUUGUAAAAAAUGUCUACAAUUAUUUUGUGAAGAAUUUUCCUCAUAUAAGUCCCCUUCAGGAAACAGCACGGGCUUUACAAAUUAGCUGCAAGUCAGUUUCGAAAUAUAAAGAAGGUCCAAAAGACGAGUUAGUUGGGAAGACUUUAAGACAGAAGAAGAAAUUGAAGACAGCUGAUGUUGGGAAUGGCACCAAAGACCAAAUAAGAUGUGAAAUAUACAAUAUGUACAAUAAUUCAUACACAAAAAAAAUUAGGAAAUACAAUUAUAAACUUAAAACACUUAAGGUUUGUAAUAGAUAUAGUUAGAAUAUCAAACAACAGGUAUGUUGUAAUGAGUUAGUAAAUGCAUGGUUCAUAUUCCAAGUUAUUUCAUGUAGAAUUUCUCAGAUAGUGCAUUUAUAAAAAAAAGAGAUUAGAAAAAUUAGAUUUCAUAUAGUUAUUUCAUUUAGAAUUUAAUUAGAAAAUGUGUUCAUAACUUUACGGAUGGCUUAUAUUCCAAGUAGUUAUUUCAUGUAGAAUUUCUUAGAUAAUGUGUUUAUAACUAUAUUAUGAAUGACUCAUAUUCCAUGUAGUUAUUUCAUUUAGAAUUUAAUUAGAGAAUAUGUUGACAACAAUGCUAUGCAUGGCUCAUAUCCCAUGUUUCCAAUUCAUGUAGAAAUUAUUAGUGCAUGUGUUCAUAACUAUACCUAUUUCUAACAUUAUCUAUGCUUAAAUCAUGAAAAUAGAGUUGUGCCUUUGGCAUGUGUGCUUGCAGGAAUUAUCAAUAUCAUUAGGUGAUAAUAUAAUAUAUUUAACCAUUUUUCAGUUGCAUAGUAUUUAAUUUAUAGUAAAAUAUAUUUAGUAUAUAAUACCAUUAAACUUUUAAUUAUAAUAUGUAAAUAAUAUUUUAAUAGGUACGUCUAGAAAUUUUAACCAAAGUGCAUAAGGCACAUGUCAAAAGCAGGAAUCUAAUUAUAUGUUAUGUGGUGUAACACUUUAACUUAUAGCAUAUGAGACAUGGUUGCUGUAUUUAUACAUAUUUAUUUAGAUUUACCAGUGACUAUAAAAUCCCUUCAAGCCAGCUUAAUGGAAAAAGAAAUUUACGGUGGUAGUACGACCAGCCUUGGUCGUCUCUUAAAAACUAUUGGUUUUUUUUUACAAAAAAGAUGACAAUCGCAGGGCUUUAAUGGAGUUGCCUCACAUAGCACAUUUGAGAAGAAAUUUUCUGCAAAGAUUUAUUGCGAAUGAAGAGUUGGGUAUAAAUAAAAAACCCUGCAUAUAUAUUGAUGAAACCUGGGUAUUUUCAAAUGGUUCAUUUAGAAGAUCAUGGCAGGAUGAUGAUGUAAGAUCUGUAAGAAAAUCCUCUGGAGAAGGACAUAGAUACAUUGUUCUCCAUGCUGGAUCUCAUCUGGAUGCUGGAUCGUCAUUCUAACAAAUGCAUAAUUAAAUUAUCGAACUAAGACCCAAGGAAAUAAUGUCAUCUUUCCAUUACUGAGAAAUGAUUAUCAUCCAAUUUAGAGUCAAAUUUUAGAUUAGUUUUUGUUACAUGUGGAAUUAGCCUGAUGUGACCAUUUUUAGAUAUAUUUCAAAAUUAUAAAUUCUGUCACCA